AUGGCAAGCCCGUUGGCUCGCCAAAAACGAAACCGAGUCAGUGAUGCGGCAGAGAAACCCCGAUCAACUGAGGACCGAGUGAAAAGACGUCGAUUCUCUGAGACCAGCGAGGCUCAGAAAAUAGAGCCAGUCAAGCCAGUCAGUGCUGAGGGGGUGUCCAACUCCAAUGUCCAAGUGCAGGAUGUGUCUAGAUGCAGCACCCUGGCCCCGUGGUCGUUCUCGCGCCCACUCGCUGGCCGCUACAGUAACCUGGACCCAAUUUUGACCGCUGAUGAGGCAUAUCUCUUUGUGGGACUCGAAACUGCAGUCCAGGUCUUUGCAACCUCCACUUCUCGCCUGUCCCGUACUCUGCAGAUGGAAACUGGCCAAAAGGUUGUUGGAUAUAAGCUAUGUCCAGCAGACUCGGAGAAUAUCUAUAUCUUCACAUCCGGGUCUGUGACCAAGUGGCACUGGAAUUCUGGAAAGAGGCUCUCACGCUGGGAGACCAGCUGCACGACUCUCUCAGCUGACUUGGCGUCCAUGGAAAGCGGUGCCGAAUUUACUACACUCUUCUUUUCCAUUGAAUUGCAGAAUGGUGGAAAGAGGCAGAUAGUGAUCAACACAUCGGGCGACAAAAAGCUCCAAAGCGUGACCGCACUCCACACCAACAAGCGGAUCCAUGAUCUCAAAGUCAUUCAAGGGGGUCGAAUAAUCAUUGCUAGUGAUGGCCAGCACAUCCUGCUGGGUAGCACGGCCAGCGCGGAGCUUGAAAACCUCGAAACCGUUCAAUAUUCUUGGAGAGAGGCGACCCUCCCGGUGAGUACCACUUGCUUCGACCUGCGCGAGAGUGCUCCUGCGGCUCGAAGCAAAACGCCCGAUACAAGAGACUCAGAGUCGAUUGAUCUGGUGGUAGGAGAGAGUGGUGGUGCCAUUCUCAUCUACCAAGAUAUCCUUGCGUCCCUGUUUGGAAAGCAGAACAGCGACAAGAAACCAUCACCGCGCAAACUGCAUUGGCAUCGAGGUCCUGUCAAUAGCGUGCGUUGGUCUCAAGACGGCAAUUAUAUCAUAUCGGGUGGUCAGGAGUCAGUUAUGGUUCUGUGGCAGUUGGAUACUGGUCGGAAGCAAUUUCUUCCCCAUCUUUCCUCCCCAAUCUGCAACAUAGUGGUUUCUCCCCAGGGAAAUUCUUAUGUGGUAAAAUUAGCCGACAACUCGACCAUGAUUUUGUCGGCCCGAGAACUGCAACCAUCGACAACCAUCACCGGGUUGCAGGUGUGUCCCGAGGUGGCAAGUCGUCUGGACCCUUUCUUGAAUGCGCCCCAUGGCGUUGUGGCAACAUUACAUCCACAGCGCCCAGAGCAGCUACUCAUUGCCGUCCCUGCUUUCCACCAGAUCAACCAGCAUGGUCCCCAGGCCGCAAACUCCGCCGUUCUUCAGACAUUUGACAUCAGGGCCGAUGCGCACAUUUCCCGCCAGGCUCUCGCCCGAACCAACGCAACAACGUUGAGUGUCAGUCCAGAGGGGUCCCUGAUAGUCGCCCCUGAUAUCAAACACAUGGGAAUCGUGCAGGAUGCAACCUGGCUGGCUACCGUUGAUAGUUGGAGCUCGCCCUCCCAAGAUACGGAGGCUUUGGAUCGCCACAUCCCAAGUCUCAACUCUCCUUCUGUUCGAUCAGAGGUGUUUCUGAAAUUCUGGAAAUGGAAUGCAUCGUCUGAUAUCUGGGAAUUGGUGACGCGCAUUGAUGGCCCUCACUUCACCAAUAAUCGCCAUGCGGCUGUGCUCAGUCUAGUGUCUCGCCCAAGUGCUCACGAGUUUGCUACACUUGGAGCCGAUAAAUCCCUCCGUUUUUGGGGCCCAACUGCUAGGUAUCGCAGCGGCCUAAAAGCACCGGACCAGCCAGAGCUGCAAUUAGAUACAUGGAAGUGUCGGAGCUCUCUCGACCUUACCGGGUGUCUUGAUAACCCCCAGGCCUCGCCCUUGGAUACGGCGUGCAUGGCCUUCUCUGAAGAUGGCUCUGUACUCGCCGUCUGCCUGCCGUCCGGGUCUGGUGCGAAUGAUGGUCUUGUUCUUCUGGUCGAUGCGCGAACCAGCACAGUGCAUUACCGAAGGACUGGGGUUUUCCCAGGAGCUCCAAGCUCAGUAGACUUCCUGGGAAGACAUCUGAUUGUUGCUUCCACCCAGUCGGUGGCUGUUUGGGAUACGGUUGAUGACGUUGUGAAGACCAUUCAAUUAUCAGAGCCCGCGGGCUCGGCGGGUACUGGGAGCUUCCAGCUUGUUGCUGCAAAUCCCAAGACCAAAUCUUUUGCCAUUGCCACUCGAGCCCCAGAGGGUGGAUCGAGCACGUCACAGAAGAAACGGCACAAGAGGACCCGGUUCCACAUCAAGAUAUACGACGUACCAUCCUUUGAGCUGGUAUUCAGUGACUCUCUCAGAAGCUGCCCUCUUGCACUCCUUUCCGACGCGUACUCGGGCGAUUAUAUCAUCGUUGAUGGUACUGCCAGCGUGCAACGACUUGGUUGUUUGGACAAAGUCUCACAAAAGGGCGUUCAAUCCCGUGAGGUAACUGGUCAUCUCCAAUCCGGGCUGGCGAGUCUUUUCAACCGAGGGCAUGUUGGGAUCUCCUCGCAGGCUGGUGACGAGGAGAGCUUAUCUCCCCAAACCAAGGGACUGGCAAGCGUAUUUGGAGACUCUCCGUCAUUCUCCUUGCCGUCGCUUGGGGUUCUCUUUCGAAACGUUGUCCAAACGCUUGGUGCUCAUUAA